CACACGCAGAAUCCUAGCCCUCUAGUCUUGUUCUUCUUCUCUUUGCUUUGCUUGCACCUGUUGGGGAUUCAAAUGGAAGACACAAUCCCAGAAGUAAUGAGACCCCUCCUCCCUCCAGGAUUCAGAUUCCAUCCUACUGAUGAGGAGCUUCUGAUUCUUUACUUGAAGCCCAAGAUUCUCGGACAACCUGACGAAUCCUACUACAACAUAAUCCCGGAGAUCGACGUAUGCAAGUUCGAACCUUGGGAGUUGCCCAACAUUGUUGGUCACAUUUUCAACAGUAAGGAACUGUUUCUCUAUUGCUGUGUGAAGCGCAAGUACUUGAACAGCAAGCGCCCCGACCGGACGACAGUAGCCGGCUACUGGAAAGUGACCGGCAAGGAACGCCGCGUCAUGAGCGAGGACACCAACGAGCAGAUAGGAAUCAAGAAGACGCUGGUGUUCUACACUGGCCGCGUGCCUAAAGGCGAAAGGACCAACUGGGUCAUGCACGAGUAUCACCUAAAUUCCAAGUGUUCGGGCAAUAAUCACGGCAAAGGCGAGGUAACAAUUUGGCUCUCAUUCGAUUGCACAACGCGAUUGAUGCUGCCUUAUGUGGCAUGUCGGAUCAAGAACAAGAAAGACAGGAAACUGAAGACGGGUCAUGCUCCAACAAUCAGCCCUGAAGGCGAUUCAAGCAGCCCUUACACAUGCACUAGCCAAGUGUCAGACCCCCCCGUGAAUCAAGAAGUGGACUAUCCCAUCUUCUGCAACACCCCCAACAACAACAAUGAAGUUGCUGACAACCAAGAAGUUCUUGAUGCUGAACCUGAGAUGUCACGGGGAGAGUUAAUGGACUCGAUAUCUACAUUUCAGGCACUGGAUGACUAUCUACCGCACUACGACAACACUUCAACCUGUCAGUCACAAGCAGGAGCCGAGGAAGAAUGGUUGUCUUUUCUAAAUUUCUCAGAUAAUAACAAUGAGAAUGAGUUUGACAAUGGAUACAUGCCAUCUCCAAAUCGCAAUUUCGGUUUGGGUUGGGGCAAUGUUUAA